CAUUGCCGCUUUGUUUCUGAUCGAGUCAAGACGGUUGGGUCACACCUCAGCUUAUUUUGUGGCUGGUAAGCAAUUUGUGGCUUCAAACAGCUUAUUUGGUGAUCUGACGUCUCUCUGUUCGCAUCUCAUCGUCACUGGCUGAGAUUUUCGAGACAUUUCAUUCGUUCCAUUGUCGAGGAAGUAGUAUACGUGUUGACGUUGUUGUUGAAGAUGUCUUCUCAUCAUUCGGAUGAAGAUAUGGUGAGUCUGCUACGAGGAUUCAAGGAGCGCGCCGUUGCCCAGCGAUUCGAUCCUCCGUGGUCUGCCAAGAGACUGUCGGCUAACUUUGUCACUUCGUUGCCGAGGGGAGAGGUACUGAGCGACACGCUGAAAAGACGCAGAGAAAGGGCAGCUGCGUCGAGCGGCUGCAGCUUCAUUAGCUCAACUUCCGGUUACAGAAUAGAGGCCGGAAGUGAGACGUCAUCAUCCAGUCGAGGCGCUGCCUUUGAAAUCGAGGAGUGCAACGAAGACAUCUACGAACGUUAUUUCUAUGGAAAAGAUCAUUGGAAUUUCUAUACCACAGAACCGGACAUCGGGCCAGUUGUUUUGUCGCUGAAACAAGAAGUCUGCAUAUCGCGCGAGCACUUCCGGUUGAUAGUGCGAACUCCUUCUUCCUUUCUUCACGGACAAAUUCCCGCGUCAUCGCUAUCAGCUAAUAGGUACAGUAAAGAGGAUGUCGUUACAGCUCUGUCGAAGGAAUUUGGUUUUGUGGGGACAUUCAAACAAGCUUCCAAUUUUCGGUCAUUCUCUGAGGAGAUACUCAAGAUGGAUAAGGGUUUUCUGAAGAAAGAUUUAAAAAUCGGUGUCAUCUACAUGAAAGAUGGGCAGACAACGGAAGAUGAAAUAUUUGGCAACAACGAAGGCAGUCCAGCCUUUAACAACUUUCUAGACAUUCUUGGAGACAAAAUCAAAUUGAAAGGUUUUACACACUUUCGGGGAGGUUUGGAUACGAAGAGUGAACAGACGGGAGAUGAGUCUGUGUAUACGGAAUGGAGACAACAUCGGAUCAUGUACCACGUCUCCACACUCCUUCCGAAUGCCAUCACAAGCAAGGAACAGCUGAUACAGAGGAAGAGACACAUUGGGAAUGACAUUGUGUGUGUUGUAUUUGUCGAUGGAAAUGAGGCAGCGUUUGAUCCCACGUCGAUUCGAUCGCACUUUCUACAUACGUUUGUUGUUGUUAAACCCAUUUGGGAUGACGGGCGAAGGAAAUAUAAGGUUGGUGUUGUGUCACGAGAAGGUGUUCCUUCUUAUCCACCUAAACUAUCGAAUCAAGAUACAUUUGAACAUGAUGAUUAUUUCAGAGAGUUUUUACUCACAAAAUUUAUCAAUGCAGAACGUGCUUGUCUUCAUUCCUCGAAGUUUGCUGGUUUGCAGGAAAGAACUCUUUGUCAGAUGAUGUCGAAUCUUAUACUUGCUAGUGAGGAGGCCGAGAGUCAAGCUGGAGGAAGUUUAAGUAUUGAAGAUAGAAUGUUGAGGCGAGCAAGUUGGCUGCCAGUGGGUUGUGUGAGGCCUUCCAGUCCUUUUCGUGAUUCUCGACAAGAGAGACUUGAACAUGUCGAUCGUCUGUCUACUGAUCUGCAGGCUGCUUUUCACGACAAGGAAUUAUGUGAUGUGAUGUUUGUUGUAGGCAAUCACACUCCAGUCUAUGGAAUCAAAGCAGUACUGACUGCAAGAAGCAAAGUGUUGAAAGACAUGUUUCUUCACUCCCCGGCAUCGUCUCCAUUAUCCAUAUCUCAAAAUCGUCGUUUGAGGCGGAAAUCUUCCAGCCCAGUUCCUGGCAGAUUACACUCUACUUAUGGGAUAGAGACAAAAGAGAAGAGAGUAACUGUUGUGAGGUCAAAAACUCCACCAACUUCUCCUCCUACUAGUGGCUCAGACAUGGAGGGACAAAAGAAAGAAAAGAAAGGAUUGAAGCAGAAAAUAAAGGCAAAGUUUCAACGUAAUACGUCUCGUAGCUCGGGAAUGAAUGUGACGUUGGUGCAUGUGGAGAGCAAGGAAGAUAGUGAACCGGAAGCUGCUGUUUUGUCACAGUCAAGCAAAACUAUUGAAGGGAAGGAAGUGAUCUAUGUAUGUGGUUUUGAUGUCACUGAAUUCUCUUACGUCAUUGAGUAUCUUCACACCGGCUGCUGUCACAUGACUGCAUCAUCUCUUCCAGGGCUUGUAUCAUUAGCUGAAUAUCUGGAGCUUACAGACUUACAACAGGCUUGUUUUGACAGACUGAGUGACAUGAUCAGUCAUGACACAGUGUGUAAGGUGUUGAUGAACCUUGGAAAAUAUUUACAUUUUGAAUCAACAGAAAGUUUGUUUGAAAGGGUUUGUGAGUUUGUUGAUGAUCAUCCUAAUGAGUUUUUUGAUAAUUCUGAGAUAUUACGCCUUCCUAAAAACAUUAUUCAAAGGGUUGUGGAGAGAGACGUGGAUAUCCAAGAGAUUGUGAAGUUUACAACGUGUCUAGCAUGGGGAGAAGCUAACUGUCAUCCUGCGGACGUAAAAGAUGAAGUGAGCAGUCUUGUAGCAAACAUUCGUUUGUUUCUUAUCUCUCCUGUUGACCUCAUCAAGAUUGUUGCUCCUUCUGGAACUGUCUCAAGUGAGCAGAUCAUGAUGGCUCUAGCUUAUCAUGCAGAUCCUAAGUCAAUAGAAGGCAGUACAUUAGAGAGAUCAGCAUUAAAAACAAAGAUGGAACGGGAGUCGAAAGUACAUGCUGAAUUGUCCAAGAAACCGGAAGUCGUCUUGCGAAGACACCAAAGGAAUUAUACGUUUGACACAGACAGUACUCCUUCUAUCAUCAGCACAGACUCUCGCACAAGCAGUGGAUCUGAUGUGAAUCAACAAAAUUCAGAACGGUUUGGUUCGCCCAUCGAGGCAGAACAAGACAGAAAGAUUGGAGACGAGAGCAACAUGGACGUCAAUUUGGCAUCAAGGGGAGUUCGUGAAAACAGUAUUGCUACAGAAACAGAAUGUAUAACAGCACUAUAGUUAUGAACUUUAAGAUUUAUUUGUGUUGAGUUAUGAAGAGAAAAGUAGAGAUGUUGAUAUUAAUAAACUUAAUUAAGUGACAAUAUUAUUUAAUUGUAUGGUAUGUGAUCUGAUGUGCAGAGCAUAUGAUGAUGUUAAUAGUCACGAUGUUAUAUUUAAUUUUUGUAUAUUUCUCUAGUGAA